GGCCUCUGUUUAUCUCCCUGCCUCAGUUCUGGUCGCUAGGAUCAUAUCCGCUAUAGUGACUGACUCUGAGGAGACCCUAUUCCCGGUUCGAGUCCACCUUUGCUACUUGGCCUUCCUCCCAGCCCGCGGGUGCGGGGCUCGGAGGCGUGGCACAAUCCUGACCCCGUCCCCUCCGCUGGGCUGCUGGGACCUGGUCGCCAUGGCUACGGGCUGUAAACUACCACAGCUUCCCUGGCCACUGGUGCUGGCUGCCCGGCUGCCCUAGGGUCAUGGACUCCCCGAAGCCGCAGUGCCCCAGCUUCGCGACCACGUUGAGAGCACACUUGCGACCUUUAGGAGCGAUCGUAGAUGAUUCCUUCCUCACAGAAGCCAAGAAUACUCAGAAACGCAAGCUUUCUCAGAAACGGAAGACGCUGCUGUCCUGUCCGUUCUCCAUCGGUGGCCACCUGUCCCCAAGGCCCACAUACAUCAGUGACCAGACCAUUCUGCAUAAUCGAAAGCCCUGUUCAGAUGACUACCGGAAGCGAGUAGGUAGCUGGCAGCAGCAGCCCCUGGGCACUACCAAGCCAAGGUACCUAGAGCAACUAGAGAACUACCUACGCAAGGAGCUCCUCCUGCUGGACCUGGGCACAGAUUCUGCCCAGGAGCUAAGGCUGCAGCCUUACAGAGAAAUCUUUGAAUUUUUCAUAGAGGACUUCAAAACAUACAAGCCAUUGCUAUCCUCCAUCAAGAAUGCAUAUGAGGUGAUUCUGGCCGACCAGAGGGAGAAGAUUCGGGCUCUGGAGCCCCUGAAGGCGAAGCUUGUCACUGUGAAUGAGGACUGCAACGAGAGGAUCCUGGCCAUGAGGGCUAAGGAGAGAGAUGAAAUCUCCAUGCUGAAGAAAGAGAAGAUGAAUUUGCUAAAACUCAUCGAUAAGAAGAAUGAGAAGAUCUCAUUGCAGAGUGAGGUGACCAAACUGAGGAAGAACUUGGCUGAGGAGUAUCUGCGCUACCUCAGCGAGCAAGAUGCCCGUAAGAUCCUUAUUGCAGACCUGAAUGAGCUACGGUACCAGCGGGAAGACAUGUCACUAGCCCAGUCCCCAGGUGUCUGGGAGGAGGACCCUGUGAAGUUAACAGUGGCUCUGAAGAUGGCCCAGCAAGUGACCCGCAGGCAGAUGGAACUCAACACCAUGAAGGCCAACUUUGGAGACGUGGUGCCCAGAAGGGACUUUGAAAUGCAGGAGAAGACCCUCAAGGAUCUGCAGGAGCAGGUGGACAGCCUGAGAGACGACUAUGAAGAGUUCUGCAAGGAGCACAAGAUGCUGUUGCAGUUGCACGAGCUGAAGGAGCAGGACCAGUUUUACUCCGAGCUGCGGGAGAUCCAGCGCACGGCCAUACCGCGGCCAGACUGGUCCAAGUGUGAAGAUGUGGUGGCUGGAGGACGAGAUCGCUGGCAAAUGCUGGCCGAGGGCAAGAACAGCGACCAGCUGGUGGAUGUGCUCCUGGAGAUUGGCGAGGGGCUGCUCCAGGAGAAAGACUUCUUCCCUGGUCUGGGUUAUGGGGAAUCCAUCCCCCCUUUCCUUCGGUUUGAUGGUGUCAUGCAGAACAAGAAGCCAACCAAGAAGGAUGUGGUAAACCUCCUCAAGGAUGCCUGGAAGGAACGUAUCACUGAGAAGCAGAAGUUCCCAGAUUUCUUCUUCAAUUUCCUGGAGCGUCGCUUUGGGCCUGGUGAUGCCAUGGCCUGGGCUUACACCAUUUUUUAAUAUACCAAGCUCUUCCACUCCAAUGAGGUCAUGAGUCAGUUCUAUGCAAUCUUGAUGGGAAAGAGGAAAGAGAGUGUGUACAUCAAGCAGAAGGAGACAAUAGCACAGCUGCUGAAGGAGAUGACCAGUGCUGACAGCCAGAACGAGGGGCUACUAACCAUGGAGCAGUUAAGCACUGCCCUCAAGAGUACCUUCCCCUUCAAGAAGGACGAGAGAAUUCAGGAGCUGAUGGAGGCAGGGGGCUGGCAUCCCAGCAGCAGCAAUGCAGACUUGCUCAACUACUGCGUAUUAUUUAUGGAGGACAAGGAGGGCCAGAGCGUGCCCUUUGUACAAAAGCUGUGGGAACAGUACAUGGAUGAAAAGGAUGAAUACUUACAGGAGCUAAAGCAGGAGCUGGACCUGGAACUCCACGAUGAGGUGACCCUACCCAAGGUACGUGAGGCCUUGAUGAACACUGAUCCCAGCCUGGACAAGCAGACCCUAAACAGCUAUUUGAGCCAGGCCUUCCAGCUCCCCAUGACAGAACUGCCAGAAGAGGGCGAGGAAAAGGAAGAAGGCAUUGUGAUAAGGCUCCAGGCUGCACUGGAACAGCUUCAGAUGAGUGAUGUUAGGCGUAUGGGGCCCUGAGAGCAGGAACCUGCAAGCUGAGGCCACUGUGGGCAGCCUGAGUGCUCCCGUGCUGCUAACCUCUGACUGUUGUUAUAAAAUUGUUUGUCUGAA